AUAAAAUAAAUUUUCGAUGACCUCAGUAGUUUCGGUAGAGCUGAGCUGAGUAUAUGCUAGUGUGGUUUCAAGCUUCGACGCUGUCGCAAAUUUUUGGAUGCCUGGUCACUCGGACAAGUAGAAAAUGCAGGCAUCCAUAGCAUGCUCUCCACACACAGAUGGAGUUGUCAAAUUCAGAAUCACUUCCCCAAUACAAAACCACACUAUUCUCGCUCGAACAAAAUCACCCUCUCAGUGCUCACUAGGAUACAACAAGUUUCAAUCCCAACCACUGUCCACCACUCCCACACCCAAAUUCCCCAGAAUUCAUAGCUCCAAUGUCGGUCCACUUCAGUGCGGCAUUUCGUCGAACGGGUACAGUGCAGAUGGAAGUAGAAGGAGGAGUUUUCGUGAGUGGGUUGAGGUGGUUGGUGAGGCCCUAUCGACCGCGUUUCCUUUGUGGGUAACGGUCGGGUGCGUGUUGGGUUUGGUGAAACCGAGUUCCUUCAAUUGGGUUACUCCUAAAUUGAGUAUUGUGGGUCUCACUAUCAUCAUGCUUGGUAUGGGUAUGACUCUCACCCUUGAUGAUCUUCGUGGUGCUCUUGCUAUGCCCAAAGAAGUCAUCUCUGGUUUUUUACUUCAAUACUCGGUGAUGCCAAUAUCUGGAUUUCUUAUAAGCAAACUCUUAAAUCUUCCAUCACAUUAUGCAGCUGGUUUAAUAUUAGUUGCGUGCUGUCCAGGCGGCACUGCUAGCAAUAUUGUUACAUAUCUUGCACGUGGAAAUGUGGCACUUUCUGUGAUAAUGACUGCUGCAAGCACUCUAUCUGCGGUGAUCAUGACUCCUUUUUUGACAGCCAAACUUGCUGGUAAAUAUGUAGCUGUAGAUGCAGCUGGCUUAUUGAAUUCAACAUUGCAAGUUGUGCUUUUUCCUGUAUUGGCUGGUGCAUUUCUGAAUCAAUAUUUCCAACCUCUUGUUAAAAUUGUCUCUCCAUUGAUGCCUCCUCUGGCUGUAGCAACAGUGGCAAUUUUAUGUGGAAACGCUAUUGCCCAGAGCUCUUCAGCAAUCCUUAUGUCUGGUGGACAAGUUAUUUUAGCGUCCUCCCUUCUUCACGCUUCUGGGUUUUUCUUUGGUUAUGUGCUUGCAAGGAUUCUUGGGCUAGAUGUGUCAUCAUCACGAACCGUAUCCAUUGAGGUUGGCAUGCAGAACUCAGUUCUUGGGGUUGUUCUGGCUGCAAAGCACUUUGGAGAUCCCCUAACAACAGUACCUUGUGCUGUUUCAAGUGUGUGUCACUCAAUCUUUGGUAGCAUCCUAGCAGGAUUUUGGAGACGUACUGUGCCAGCUGAGAUGAAGGACUAAAACUCUAGCUGGAUAAGUUUUUCCAUGUAACCAGUAUUUUGUCAUUGUUGACUUGUAACAUUGUCUGAUGAUCAAGUAUAACUGCAUCUCACUUGUCAAGUUCCUUUAAUCAGACUUUUUCAGGUA